AUGGACGAAAAACUUUCUUGUGCAGAAAACUUAACAGCAAGCAUAAACUUGCAGAAAGGAAAAUGUUCGGCUUCAUCAUUAUUUGAAUUCUACAAACAACAUCGUACUAGUAUUCAGCAGUACAUUGAACAUUGUCUUGCUAUUUAUUCUCAUUGGACAACCAAUGAACUCGAUAAAAUCAGUCACGCCAUGACUACUUCCUUACUCGAUCCAUCGUUUAUUUUUACUACACAGGAGAAAAAAUGGAUCGAUGAAAAUCCAAAUAUUUUUCGUCUCUAUUGUCAUCAAGCUCUCUUUUCCUCAUUGAUAUCGUCCAGUAAGACGACGGUGUCAUUUGAUGAAUUACUGAUUGAACAACGUUCAAUUCUUGUUGUCGGCGAUCCUGGCAGUGGAAAAACAACGUGGACUCAUUGGCUGAUGUGGAAAUGCAUUCAAAUGUUUCAAAGAUCUCUUCAAGAAAUCGAUAAUCAUGCACCAAUACCUUUGCCAAUUCUAAUUCAUACCAAUGAUCUUGUGAAAUAUCUUGAUCUGAAUUCAUCAAUAUCAUUCUUUGAUUAUCUAUGUCGAGUCAGUAUCGAUAAUUCGAACGAACGCACAUCGACUUUUAUCGGUGAACAUCUCGUCUAUGGUCAUACUUUGAUCAUUCUAGAUGGAUUGGAUACCAUUGACAAUAUACAGAAACGAGAUCUUCUUAUCGAUCUUCUUAUUCAGUUUCUUAAAUCACCUAUUCUCCUAGCAAAUGAGAACGAAACAACAGUUCCAAAUGGAAAUCGAUUGAUUAUUACUAGUCAUUCUAUUCGCUCAUUACCUGGGGAAUAUUUUACGAUGUAUACAUUGACUUCACUGUCAUUCGAUAUGAUUGAAAAUUUCAUAGACAAUUGGUGGAACAGUCAUUGUUCACAUUUGACACACGAAACAGUAGACAAUUAUUCGAAUCAAUGGAAUGACACAGUAGUUCAUCUGAAAGCAUUAAUCGAGAGACAUUCUACUUUUAAAGAAUUGUUAUCAAAUAUCUUGAUUUUAUCCACGAUUUGUCAAUGGAUGACUUUACAAGUACUUGUGGGAACAUCGUUGAAACAAAGGAUUCAUUAUUAUACCAUGAGUGUUAUAGUACUAUUCGUUCGACUUCAAAAAUAUUCAUUAUUGAAUCAAAUUGAUCAAGAAAUUUUCAUCAAUCUUCUUGCUGACAUUGCUGUUCAUCUUCAAGAAUAUUCAUCAUCCGGUCUGAUUGAAAAAUUCGAUCUACAUUACAAAUGUCGUGCUUCCUUACGAAAUCAUUCCGCACAGUUCUUAACCAGUGAGCAUUGUCUCAUCGACCCCUAUUUUACUUUGAUCACCAAUAAUAACAAUCUAUUUUUUUUACGUAAUAUGAAUAAUUAUAGUUUUCUUUCAUUACCUAUUCAACACUAUCUGGCAUGUUUAUUUCUUAUUCGCACAACUGAUAAAAAGCAAUCAAAAAUUGAAAUUGUCGUUGAACGUUUUUUGUCGUAUAUGACAAAUUCAAAUUUUCGCGAACCACUCUUAUUAGGUCUUGAGUGGAUUAGUUGGCAAUGGAGUUCCGAGGAUCUAAAUAUGUUUUGUCAUCUAUUAUUUACCAGCAACAAUGAUCGAUUCAAUCAACAUCUACCAUUAGGUUCUAUGUUAUUAAUGACUGUUUUAUUCGAUUUAGAACAGAAACCGAAUGAAAAAACAUUAAAAGAUGCGUUUGAUCGAUUUUUAAUGGUUAGUACUAAUCGAGAAUGGUUCGUUCGUUUUCCGAUCUUUAUCGAUUAUCUUAUUGAUGGAUUGAAUUAUUUACCGUUGCACAUCGCUCGUACAUGGAUUUAUCAUUAUUUUCAAACACGAGAUAAUAUCGAACGUAUUCGAAGUGUUUUGAAUAUUUUAACCAAUAUGAUUUGCUUUUUUCGAGAAAUUCCAAUUUGGAUAAGAAAUGACGAUCAUGAAAAAUAUUCAUUAAAUGUUCUUCAAUAUCAAUCUAGAAUUGACUAUAUUCAAGAUAGUGAGAAUAAUGAUUUGUUCGUCAUUGAUCGCCUUUUAACAAUCAUUUCGAUCAUCGAUUCAAAUGCACUGUCACCUGGUUUUGUUCGUCACUCACUUUUCAUAUUUAAUAUUGAUAUCCAACAAUUUUCGCCAGUAUUUCUAACUAUACUCAUUGCUCUCUACGGUGGAUUACAUCGAUUUAAACGAUCACAUUUAGAUAAUAAAGACACUGUUGUUUUCUCUCCAUUCCAUAUGCAUCGAGAUUCAUUGUAUGAGUCCUGGCUAAUUAAAUAUAUGAAUGCAAAUCGUUGGACACACCUACCCAAUACAGAUGAAAUCGAACAACAAAUCCAACAGAUACCAUCUGAAGAUGAUUCACUUGAAACAAUCGAUCUAUUUACUGCUUGGAUAUGUUUGAAAGGUGUUACACAACCAUGGAUUUUCUAUAAAUAUAUGAGUUGCUCAGGGUUUCAACAUGCCAUAUUUCGGUUUCAUCGUUUAGCUUUAUAUUUAAGUGAAUUUUACUAUGUCAAAUAUGAUCUUGAAGUCGAACUUGAAGCACCUUCAACAUUUCGCGAGGAUGCCAUUUCAAUCAUGCAACAAUAUGCUCAAUCGAAAAAGAAUGAGACUUGCUCGACAUUUGUUCACUGUGUCGCCGUCGCUCUAACACGUCUAAUAAUUCCCGGUGGUGAGCGAUCUUUAUUCUAUUCCGAUGGUUCAUUUUGUCCACGAAUGCUUGAUUUGAAUUUAUCGGAUUCGAAACUGAUGUCUGAUCUUUGGCAACAUUCAGAUUCGGACAUUGCCAUCUUUCUUCCUCUUCUAUGGACACCAAUUAGACCACGUGAAGUAACACUUCUACAGGAGAAAUAUGAUAGUGACUCUGUACUACACGUUGUCGAUGGAACUCAUCCGAUAUUGUCUUUUGGACAUCUGAUAUCGUUUCUUCUUAGUUUAAUACCUCGACAUUUUCAACAGCUCUUCGAUCGAUUUCUUGAUUUAUCACCUUCGUUUCCAUUUGUCUGCUUGCUGGGCGAAAUAGUUCGUAGCUUAAGUAGUCAGAGAAAAGGUGGCAUUCGCUUCGCACUUCUACUUGCUAUUCUCAGAAUUCAUUUUGAAAAGCAUCAAUGGACCCAAAUUUUCCGGGGACUACUCACUUUGGUCACUCGUGCUCAUGAUAUCAAGCGUUAUUUUUAUAAGUUCGACUGUUUCUUAUCCGAUAAAUACGGUCAAUCGCCGUAUGAUGAUAAAACUCUGCAAGAAGAUAACCUACUAAUUGCACUAUUUCAUGAACGACAACGAGCUGAAGAAUUAAGAAAGAAAUCGACUGAUUGUCUCAAAUUAUAUGAAGCAUCGAUUUCCAUAGCUAUUCUAUCUGCCGCUCUCUAUGAACAAAAUGAUCAACCACUGGAGAUAGCCGAUGAAAUCUGGCUUACUGUAACACACAUCCGAGAAUCUAUUCUACGUUUACAUGCAAUAACGAUCAUCUGGCACCUAUCACAGACUUAUACAACAUCAGCACAUCGAAUUGAUAUGAUAUGUCAAGAAGCACUAGCAGUUAUUGACAAUCAACAAUCGAUUGUUGAUCAUAGUCUCCUAUUUCUCAUCUGGUGGACAACAUUCGCUAAUAUUGCUGAUAAUCGCACGAUUGCCUAUCAAGUGCAUCUCCUACUUGACCAUCUUACUAUAAAUAUAAAAACGGAUUCCAUCGAUAUUCAACAGACUAUUUGUCAAUCAUUAUUAAUCGCACUUAGCCAUGAUAUAUAUCCAUACGUUCGGCCACGUAUUUGUCGUUUCAUUCAGGAUAGCCGAUGGUCAAACGAGUGUUAUUUGUCUAAUGUAUUUCAACUGCAAUCGAUGCCUCUUUCCACAGUGAUCAAAAAUCAUUCGAAUCUAGUCUUCAGAAAUCCAUCGAAAUCUGCAUUACUUGCUUCCAUGUAUUUAAUGCAAUUAAGUAUCGAUGUCUAUCAUUUACCUACAUGGUUUGAAAUGGAAAAUACAAUUAAUAGACAAACAACAAUCGAUCGAUUUGCUCUUGAAAGCAUAGCGGUCCAACAACUGAGUAUUUCCGGUAAACAUCGAAUAGUAUCAAAAGAGGCAGCAAGAAUAAUGACUAAUCUUUUUCAAAUAAGUCUAGAAGAACAGUCUAUGGAUUAUCAUUCAUUAGAACGUUUACUUUCACAAUGUGAGUUUGUUGAAAAAUCCGCCCAGUCCGAUGUUAUUCAAUGGCUUCAGUACAAAGAUCAUCCGCAUCUAUUUGUCUUCGCAUUUCAUGCGGCCUUACUAAUCACGAAAUAUUCCAUUGAUGCCAUUCAACUAUGUUGUAAAUUGCUCGAUCAUCCAACUGAUGAGUUUCGGCAACGAGCUCAAAAAUGUCUCAAUUGUGUGUGUUUAUUGACAUCGGAUUUAACUCGAGAUCAGUUCAUUCAACUCUUCAGUACAUUACUUCAUGCACGUCGUACACAGUCAACAUUAGCACGAGAAACGCUGAUCAAUAUUGAUGUGCGUAUUGAUUCUAUCGAAUAUCUCGAAUUGAUCUUCAUUUGGGAACGUGAACGAACAUAUUUGCUUCUUCAAUCAUCACAAUCAUCACAUUAUCUCACGCACAACCUCGAAUUACAUCAGCAAGAUAUUGGAAUAUCUUUAUUCGAAUAUGUACAUCUACAAAAUGCAGUUUUCGAUGUGCUCGAAUGUCUUUUCGAACAUGCCAAUGAUCGAUGCUGUCAAAUACAAAGGGAUCGUGAACGAAGAACUAUCGAAGAACAAUCAUAUUUAACAGAACUUGUAAAAUUUAUUGGUCGAGAUUGGUAUAGUUCUUUGAUGAGUGAAAUGUCGAUUUGUGAGCAGAAAUUUGUGUCAUGUCUUAUUGCAUUGCUAAAUGAUGUGCCCCUAUAUUCCACACUAACCAAAGUCAUUGUCAGUGUUCUUGUCAUCAAUCGUAAUACAGUUCCGUAUGUGCCGAUUUUUACACGAAACGAAGCUCGACAAUGUUUAAAAAAUAUUCUUACUGAAACACUUGAGAAACCUUUGAAUGAACAAUUCACGGAUGAUGUUUUAGCUCUUAUUAUAAAGCAUUAUUAUCACACAACAAAUGAUGAUGAUGAACAUAUUUUGAUUCGCCUACAACAAAUUUCAAGUCGAAAACUCAUCGUAACAGCAGCUGAUAUCGCUCUCAUUCACUGUCGUUCACUUAGACGACCAAAACCGAACCUUGAUGAUUUUCUUGAACUCAUGAAUGGUGAAUAUAUUCGACUUUAUCAUGCACUGAUGUCCAUCGUUGUUGAUCCACGAACAAUGUUUACAAUAUAUUCGAUCGCAUUGGAUCUAAUCUGUACAUAUGAAGAUGAACUUUUGCCUUUGUUCGUCAGUGAGCUUGUUCAAUGCCAUUCAGGACAAUAUUCGAAUCGCAUUCGUCUUGCUUGUGCUCUUCUCGAUCGGCUAUCAACUGGAAUGCAUAUUGCAAUUGAGAACAAUGAACAAUUGAAGCAAAUCAUUUUCCAAAGCAGUGAAAGAAACAAAGAUGAUCGAGAUUGUUGCAUACGAUUUUUGACUAAUGGCUACAAUGAAUUGACCAACGAUGUCAAACAAAUGCUUCUGUUAGCCAUGUGGGACAAAUAUCAUAUCCAAUUAGCAGCAUUCGAAUGCGUUGCAAACAUUCGACUUGUGAAUAGUCGUACCAUUGUCGAAGAUCUUUACCAAGAAUUACUCUUUUCAAAAUCAUUUCAACGACGUUACAUCAGUGCUAUGUUAUUAGUACAACUCGCCAAAUUCGAUCAUGUGUCCAUCUAUGAAGUACAACGAAAAUUGACAGAGGCCAUCAAUCAAUCAACGGCAAUAACUGGUAUGAUCACACACAAGGGUAAACAAAAUUUAGGUCAAGCUCUUUUCAAUCUUCUCACACAACUCUCGUUCAUUACUGAUGAUAAACGUGAAAAUAUAGAUGAUUAUCAUAAGCCAAACUGCAUGAAUUUCAAGUGGGAGCUUCAAAAUAUUAUUGAUGCUGAUCGAUAUGCGUCAUUUACUUUUCCUACAAUGUCAUUGAGUGAAAGUUGA